UACAGAUCUGACUCAAAAGAGUGACGCUUUUAAUAGCAGUGGAAAUAUUAAUGAUACGUCCAUGAAAAGUGACUCUUCAUAUCCACCUCAGACCAACAAUCUGAUGAAUGUGACGACCAAUGAGCGCUGGACAACAACUGUGGACUCAGUAUCCUUUCAUCCAGACUACAGCCACAACAUCUUGAAUGAUACCAACAUGGACAAUGUUACAGACAAACCAAUAAAAUCAUUAACAGCUCCACUUUCUCCAGAUCUGACUCAAAACAGUGAUGUCUUCAAUGGCAGCAGAAACAUUACUGAUACACCCAUGAAAAGAGAGUUGGUAUCACCUCCUCCAGACUACAGCAAUGACACUUUGACUGAAACCAACACAGAGAAUGUUACAGAGGCAUCAAUUAACAUAUUAACAGUUUUACCGACACCACAUCCAGCUCAUGACACCAGAGAUGUUUUAAAUGUUACUGACACUGAGAAACUUCCAGACACAAAUUUGGAAACUGAGUCAUUUCAUGAAGACGACACCUCAAAUGAUACCAACACAGAGAACGUUACAGAUCCGGCGAUUAACAUAUUAACAGUUUUACCAACAACACAUCCAGCUCAUGACACCAGAGAUGUUUUAAAUGUUACUGACACUGAGAAACUUCCAGACACAAAUUUGGAAACUGAGUCAUUUCAUGAAGACGACACCUCAAAUGAUACCAACACAGAGAACGUUACAGAUCCGGCAAUUAACAUAUUAACAGUUUUACCAACACCACAUCCAGCUCAUGACACCAGAGAUGUUUUAAAUGUUACUGACACUGAGAAACUUCCCGACACAAAUUUGGAAACUGAGUCAGCAUCAAUUCAUGAAGACUACAGCCACAACACCUUGAAUGAAACCAACACAGAGAAUGUUACAGAGGCUGCAAUAAAAUUAUUAUCAGACUCUUCACAUUCACCCCAUCUAAAUGUGACUAACAACAAGAGAUGGACCAAAACUGAGUCUCCAAAACCUCGUCCAGCGGAUGAUGACAGAGAUGCUUUGAAUGUUGCUGACACUGAAAAAACAAAUAUAGAGUCUGAGUCAGCAUCAUUUCAUCCAGACUACAGCCACACCUUGAAUAAUAACAUCAUAGAGACUGUUACAGGGGCACCAAUACCAUUAGUUACAGACUCAUUUUCUACAGAAUCGACUCAAAAGAGUGACGUCUUUAAUAGCACUAGAAACGUUAUUGGCGCACCCAUGAAAAGUGACUCUUCAUAUCCACCUUGGACUGACAAUCAGAUGAAUGUGACAACUAAUGACAGCUGGACAAAAACCGAAUGUUUUAUUAAAAGCAUAAAAUGUUCGGAGGAAGUCACCAAAAUGCAAAGCACUUAUGGAUCCUGGAUGUCAGACACAUCCCAGCUGAAUGAAGGUCGAUACUGGCAGGCCGAGCAUUUUUCAGGUCGACUUUUGACGGAGCACAAGAACAUUUCGGCAUUUCAAAACACAAGCAUUAAAACUAUAGAUGUCAAGAAGUUCUACCAAGGGUGCGGCCAUGUCGUUUACAAGGGGUCCUUUUACUUCCAUAACGCAGGAACACACAGACUUGUAAAAUUUAACCUGAACACCAGGAGAACAAACACUCUGAUCAUGGCACGCAGCAGAUACAAUAACCUGACUUAUCUUUUCCGCAACUCAAAGACUUAUUUCAAGUUUGCUGUGGAUGAAAAUGGACUGUGGGUCAUCUUUGCAUCAAACACAGGUGACAAUACGAUGGUUGCGAAGCUAAACCCCGAGACAUUCUCCGUGGAGUCUGUCAUUAACACUGCCUACCCCACAAGUAAAGCGGGAAAUGCUUUCAUAGCAUGUGGGGUGCUUUAUAUCACCGAUGGCAAAGACAGAAGAGUGACAUAUGCCUUCGAUUUAAAGAAAGAGAGUCCUCUUGAUAUAAGUUUUGAUCUAAGGCCAGCUAAUGGCAUCUUGGCUAUGUUGUCAUAUUAUCCCAACAAAAAGCUUUUGUACAUGUGGGACAACAGCAGUGUGAAAACCUGCAAAGUUAAACUCAAGCAGACCCAAACAUAAUCACAAACUUUGUAACAAAUUAGUAAUAAAAGAGUGUUUUAUGUGUCAGUUGGUUUAGUUGAAUUUCGUCACUGUAUUUCUACACAGGAGGAAGUUUCUUGCAGAUGUUUGGUAAUAAAUGUGUCACUCAUCAGA